CAGAUCCUGGCCGACUUCCAGCUACAGGAGGCCGACUUGAAGAAGGUGAUGUGGCGGAUGCAGAAGGAGAUGGCGCGAGGCCUGCGGCUGGAGACCCACGAGGAGGCCAGCGUGAAGAUGCUGCCCACCUAUGUGCGCUCCACCCCGGAAGGCUCUGAAGUUGGGGACUUCCUCUCCCUGGACCUGGGCGGCACCAACUUCAGGGUGAUGCUGGUGAAAGUGGGGGAGGGCGAAGAGGGGCAGUGGAGCGUGAAGACCAAGCACCAAAUGUAUUCCAUCCCCGAGGACGCCAUGACGGGUACUGCUGAGAUGCUCUUUGACUACAUCUCUGAGUGCAUCUCCGACUUCCUGGACAAGCACCAGAUGAAGCACAAGAAGCUGCCCUUGGGCUUCACCUUCUCCUUCCCCGUGAGGCACGAGGACAUCGACAAGGGCAUCCUCCUCAAUUGGACCAAGGGCUUCAAGGCCUCAGGAGCAGAAGGGAACAACAUCGUGGGGCUCCUACGUGAUGCCAUCAAACGGAGAGGGGACUUUGAAAUGGAUGUGGUGGCGAUGGUGAAUGACACUGUGGCCACGAUGAUCUCCUGCUACUAUGAAGACCGCCGGUGUGAGGUUGGCAUGAUUGUGGGAACAGGCUGCAAUGCCUGCUACAUGGAGGAGAUGCACAACGUGGAGCUGGUGGAAGGGGACGAGGGCCGCAUGUGCGUCAACACCGAGUGGGGCGCCUUCGGGGACUCCGGAGAGCUGGACGAGUUCCUGCUGGAGUACGACCGCGUGGUGGACGAGAACUCCCUGAACCCCGGGCAGCAGCUAUACGAGAAGCUCAUCGGCGGCAAGUACAUGGGCGAGCUGGUGCGGCUCGUGCUGCUGAAGCUCGUGGACGAGAACCUGCUCUUCCGCGGGGAGGCCUCGGAGCAGCUGCGCACGCGCGGCGCCUUCGAGACGCGCUUCGUGUCGCAGGUGGAGAGCGACUCGGGCGACCGCAAGCAGAUCUACAACAUCCUGAGCACUCUGGGGCUGAGGCCCUCAGCCACCGACUGCGACAUCGUGCGCCGCGCCUGCGAGAGCGUGUCCACACGCGCCGCGCACAUGUGCGCCGCGGGGCUGGCGGGCGUCAUCAACCGCAUGCGCGAGAGCCGCAGCGAGGACGUGAUGCGCAUCACCGUGGGCGUGGACGGCUCUGUGUACAAACUGCACCCCAGCUUCAAGGAGAGGUUCCACGCCAUCGUGCGCAGGCUGACGCCCAGCUGCGAGAUCACCUUCAUCGAGUCGGAAGAAGGCAGCGGCCGAGGCGCCGCCCUGGUGUCCGCGGUGGCCUGUAAGAAGGCCUGCAUGCUGGGCCAGUGACGACAGAGGCCACGAGGCAAGGAGGAGGCAGGGCUCGCUGGACCUGGGCUCCCGGGGACUCGCUCCCCACAGGAGCCCCCAGCCUGGCCCAGUGAGGAGGUCUCUUCGUUGUAAGGACCUGGACGCCUCGCCUUCCAUCCCCGUGGUGACCCUGGAAGAUGCGGAAAGGCCCGCGGGGAGGAGGGGACGGGGAAUUGCAGCGCCCAGGGCAGGCCUCUUGCCUCAGAGGCAGUUGGUGGGACAGCCCAAACCCCUGACUGGGUUGGGAGCUGAGAUGAGCAGGAAUAAAGACCACCCCCCCCCCCAAACCCCCCACCUAUCCUGCUGGAAUCAAGGACCCACACAGAGGGG